AUGGACAAAGAAACAACGGGGCAAAGUUGUCGAAAAUGUGACGCAGCGGACAACGAGAGUAUGGUCCAGUGUGACACCUGCGACGCCUGGUACCACUUCAACUGCGUUGGAGUACAUAGCAAUGUGGCUGACGAAAGCUGGAGCUGUGAAAGCUGCCAGAAUCAUGCAUCAACCACGAACGCGCAUCCAACCGCAUCGUCAUCGCCAACUACCAAGCAAGGUAACCGGCACGUGAAUUUUCUCCCAACGUUUCCAACAAUUGCGAAGAUAUCUAACUCAACAGUCAAUCCGCUUCUAAAACCUGCUUGGGCUUCUUCGAACUGGAAUUUCGAACCCAGUACAUCAGUUCAGGGAUCGCAACUGCCAAAUAAAUCAAGUGAGUAUAACCCAGGGCUACAACAAUUCACAACGGGCAGCAUCGCCACCUCUGCAAAUGAGAUCUCGUACAGUCAACCAAAAGUAUUCUCGUCGGUGCAGCAAGUAGGUAUACGAAAUGGCCAAGGUAUGCAGAUGCCAUUCAACUCCGAAAUAUAUCGAAACCUUCAGCUUGAAAAGUUGGAAGAGCAGAUGAAAUUGCAACAAAAAUAUUUGGACAACAAAUAUAAGAUUCUUUCGCAGUAUAACGACCUGCCCUCAUCCAGCACUUCGAUGGCCUCUUUUAGCAAUGGGCCUACACCUGGGCAAUUAGCAGCAAGGCAGGCCAUACCUAAGCAGCUCCCAACCUUUAAUGGCGACCCUGAAGAAUGGCCGCUGUUUAUUAGCAGUUUCGAUAACAGCACUACGGUCGCGGGGUACACCGAUGCGGAGAAUUUAAUUAGAUUACAAGCGAGCCUUAAAGGCAAAGCACGGGAGAUGGUAAAAUAUGAAGGCUCUUCUGUGACGCUAAUGGAAAAAAGAAUAUUUGAUGAAUUAGGCUUGAAAGGUGAACAAGACCCUCUGUGUUUGCGGUGGACAGGUAACACGACGCGUGUUGAAGAAAAUUCUGUGCGGGCGGCCAUCGAAAUUUCGAGUGUGACAAAUUGGCAGAAAUAUACUCUCAAGAAUAUUCAUACUGUUGACGAUCUCAAUCUUCCGGCACAGUCAAUCAAUGCAUCUGCGAUGGAGCGGCUAUAUCCAUAUCUAGCGGGACUGCCAAUUGCAUCAUAUAACAACGUAAAACCAUCAUUGCUUAUCGGUGCGGACAACUGGAGGUUGGCAAUUCCACUCAAAAUUAGAGAGGGAACCUGGUUCCAGCCCAUAGCGUCAAAACCCCGUUUAGGAUGGGCGUUGCAGGGGUGCAAUUCAAGACAGACUGCCGAAUAUCGACUAAAUGUACAUACAUGCGAUUGUCAAAAAAGAUACGAUGAGUUGCACGAGACUGUAAAAGAAUUCUUCACGUUAGAGUCAUCCAAACCUACUCAGCUACUGCCGGAAGAAGAUGCCAAAGCUGUGAGUAUUGCGAAUAACACUUGUAAAAAGGGCGAUAACUUUUACGAAAUUGGGCCACCGUGGCGUAUCUCAAGUGUAUUGCUACCCAAUAACUAUGUAUAUGCUUUACAACGGCUGAUGUGGGUACGCGAAAAAACUCUUCUGAUUGAGGCUGCUAUUUCGAACGGUAAAACAUGGUAUUUGCCUAUUUUCAUUGUAAGCAAUCCAAAUAAGCCUGGAAAGCUUCGGAUGGUGUGGGAUGCUGCUGCAAAGGUGAACGGGGUGUCACUCAACGACUUCCUACUGAGUGGCCCAGACUUGCUUAACCCACUCGUUAGUAUUUUAUUAGCUUUUAGAGUAGGCAGAGUGGCUAUAUGCGGUGAUAUAGCGGAGAUGUUUCACCGUAUCAAUAUACGGGACAGCGACAUGCAUGCUCAGCGAUUUUUGUGGUGCGAUGACGGUGAUGAUCCUCAGCAACCAAGUGUUUAUGUCAUGCGAGCGUUGACCUUCGGAUUGAAUUGCGCUCCGUUUAUUGCCCACUACAUACGUGACAAAAACGCUGACCAUUUUGAAAAUGAACUUCCUCGAGCCGUAGAAGCUGUAAAGAAGAACCAUUACGUGGAUGACUUUAUUGACUGUGGAGAUGAUGAACAAUCUGCGUUAGAAUUGGCUCAACAAAUAAAAAAAAUUCAUGGCGCCGCUGGCUUCAAUAUACGUGGCUGGUCUUCAAAUUCCAAAUUUGUCGUGGAGCAGCUCGAAGAAGAUCCUAUGUCAGUUCAAUCCGUCAAAGAAUGGGGUUCAACCACGAAAGUCCUCGGUAUGUUUUGGGACCCUUUAAGCGAUAAUUUUAAAUAUAUUUGUAGAUUUGCGAGACUUCGUCGCGAUGUUAUUAACGAAUCGAUCAUACCAACGAAAAGAGAAGCACUCCAAGUUUUAAUGUCGAUCUUCGACCCUCUUGGAUUUGUUUGCUGCUACACCGUAGGGUUAAAGAUCUUGCUGCAAGAUGUAUGGCGAUCUGGUCUCGCCUGGGACGACCCGCUCCAAGACAAUCUUUUCGACAAAUGGAACCAGUGGAAGUCCAUUAUGCCAUUAAUAACAGCUGGCGAAAUACCUCGAUGUUAUUCACUAUUGCUGAAAGAUGCUGAAGAUGUUCAACUUCACACCUUUGUUGAUGCCGGGGAAAGCGCGUAUGCAGCCGUUUGCUACUUGCGUGUAUCAAAGGGAAACGACGUCACGGUUAGUCUAGUGGCUGGCAAAUCCAAAGUCGCACCGCUAAAGCCAUUAUCGAUACCCAGACUAGAGUUGCAGGCGGCGGUAAUUGGUGUGAGGCUGGCGAACAUGGUAAGCAAUACGCAACGUAUUAACAUAAUGUCGAAAUAUUGGUGGACAGACUCAAAGACGGUGCUAAGAUGGAUGCGAAUGGACCCUAAAAACUUCCACCAAUUCGUGAUGCAUAGAAUAGGCGAAAUUUUAGAGGCAUCAAACGUAAGCCAGUGGCGGUGGGUUCCCUCGAGAAAUAAUCCCGCUGAUUUAGCUACAAAAACAACUACACGUCAGUGCUACCAAUUGUGGUUUACCGGCCCAAAUUUUUUAAGGUCGAGCGCAGAAGUUUGGCCGCAGUGCGAAGAGUUAAGCUUAGAGGAGUGCGACGAUUCGGAAAUUAAACAUUAUGUUCUACAUAUGAAAAAGGAACACAUGAACAACCUGAUGCUGAACGUGGAGCACUUUUCCAGCUGGAAACGUUUGUAUCGAGCUGUGGCUACAUUUUUAUUUUACGUCGACCGAUUACGCUCAGUUGUGCUAGCAAGGCAACGGAAAACAUCCAUCGACUUUGACAUGAUUCAGAAAGCUCAAUGUCUUCUUAUAAGGUAUGCUCAGUCCAUUGAAUAUUGUGAAGAGAUCAGGUGCCUCAAACGCGGUAAGAAUAUUGACAACUCUAGCAAACUCUUUACUUUAAACGUUUACUUAGACACAGAUGGCAUAAUAAGAUGCAAAAGUCGAGUUGAACACUUAAACAACCAUGAAGAUAUUAUAGUGAUGCCUAAUUCUCAUCAUGUCACCUUUUUAAUAGUGCGUUGGGCUCACGAAAAUUUCCAUCACCUGAUGCAUGAGUCUGUAAUCAAUCAAAUUCGUGGUACAUACUUUAUAAAUCGACUGAGGGUGUUGUAUAAAAGAGUGCGCGCAGAGUGUCAAAAAUGUAAAAACCAUAGCUCCAUUCCUCAGCCGCCACAAAUGGCAGCGCUGCCGGCUGCAAGGAUUGCCGCUUUCGAGAGGCCCUUCACGUAUGUAGGUAUCGACUAUUUUGGCCCAUUGCUUGUCAUCGUGGGAAGAAGGCGAGAAAAGAGAUGGGGCGUUCUAUUUACAUGUCUAACGCUUCGCGCUAUACACAUCGAAGUUGCCCACAGCUUAAAUACCAGUUCCUGUAUCAUGGCGAUACGCAACUUUAUAUCACGACGCGGCUAUCCCAGGGAGAUAUUCUCGGACAACGGCACCAAUUUCAAGGCAUCUGAAAAAAUAAUUAGCGAGAGUCUGAAAAAUAUCGAUUUGAAUGGUAUCGCCUCAUCUUUCGACCGAGUAAAAUGGAGAUUUAAUCCACCAAGCGCCCCCCAUAUGGGUGGUGCAUGGGAAAGGCUUGUGAGAUCAGUGAAGACUGUGCUUUAUGAAAUACUACCUUCAACAAGUUUCAGCGAUGAAAGCUUGCGAAGUGCAUUGAAUGAAGUAGAAUUUAUCCUGAACGCCCGCCCGCUUACAUUUGUUUCUUUGGAAAAUAGUGACGACGAGGCUCUUACUCCCAACCACUUGCUGAUUGGGUCAUCGGAUGGCUACAAGCCAAUAUGUAGCGACAUCGUCAAUCUGCGUCAACGUUGGCAAUUGACCCAACAAUUCGAUGACCGCUUUUGGCAUCGAUGGGUGAAGGAAUAUAUACCGGUCAUCUCUAGACGUACCAAGUGGUUCACAAAACAACGCCCAGUACGUAUUGGCGAUGUCGUGAGGUUGAAAUCUUUGAAUAUUCGCAUCCUUUCAGUUGGCGGUAUGAUUACCUCCACAUAA